GUUGCUGUGGAGGGGGAGAGCGCGCGCAGGGCGUUGCGCACGCGCGUGCGACCCAAAGUUCCCGGAUGUAGCGGGAGGAGGCGCUGCCGCCAUCUUUGCCCGGAGAGCAGCGAGAGCUGAUCGUGGCUGAGCCCCCCCCGCCGGACCAUCGGUCUCCAUCCGCCCCGCGCAGCCCCUGCCGCCCUCGCCCGACGGACAUGGACGACCGGGAGGACCUCGUCUACCAGGCCAAGCUCGCCGAGCAGGCCGAGCGUUACGAUGAAAUGGUUGAGUCCAUGAAGAAAGUGGCUGGAAUGGAUGUUGAGCUGACAGUCGAAGAAAGGAACCUGCUGUCUGUUGCAUACAAAAAUGUGAUUGGUGCCAGAAGAGCUUCUUGGAGAAUAAUCAGCAGCAUCGAACAGAAAGAGGAAAACAAGGGUGGAGAAGACAAAUUGAAGAUGAUCCGGGAGUAUCGGCAAAUGGUUGAGACUGAAUUGAAGCUAAUCUGUUGUGAUAUUCUGGAUGUACUGGACAAACACCUCAUUCCAGCAGCUAACACUGGCGAAUCCAAGGUUUUCUAUUAUAAAAUGAAAGGGGACUACCACAGGUAUCUUGCUGAGUUUGCCACAGGAAAUGACAGAAAGGAAGCAGCCGAGAACAGCCUGGUGGCUUACAAAGCUGCUAGUGAUAUUGCAAUGACAGAACUUCCUCCAACACAUCCCAUCCGCCUAGGACUUGCCCUCAACUUCUCUGUUUUCUACUAUGAAAUUCUUAAUUCUCCUGACCGUGCCUGCAGGUUGGCAAAAGCAGCUUUUGAUGAUGCUAUUGCAGAACUGGAUACGCUGAGUGAAGAAAGCUAUAAGGAUUCUACACUUAUCAUGCAGUUGUUACGUGAUAACCUGACACUAUGGACUUCAGAUAUGCAGGGGGAUGGUGAAGAACAGAGUAAAGAAGCGCUGCAGGAUGUGGAAGAUGAGAACCAGUGAGACAUCAAGGCCAAUAAAAGACCCCAUCUUUGUCCCCCUUCUACCCCACCCACUCCCCAUAAGCCCCUCAGUGUCCCUGGGAGCCAUCUAAUCUGACGUUUGUGAUGGGUCCUAGAAUUUAGGUUCCUACCCUGUUGGUUUUUUUACACAGUUGAAAAGUUCUUUAAAAGGCAAGAGUGAAUGUCUGUGGAUUUUACUGGUGCCAGCUUUCAGUUUCUUUAAGACACUAACCGGACUAGCUUCAUAGAGGCUUUUUCUGCAUCACUGUGUUGUCUUUUGUCCGUGUCGGAGGUGACAUCUGGAAGCCAUUAGAAUUCUAGAGGAGGCAUGUUGCACUUUCGAGUGCAUGUGGUGGCAUUUUUCAUUUUUUAUAAUUGUUUAAACAAUUUUAUACCAGUGUUUAAAAUUGGGUGUUUAGCUUGAAGUCACAGGUUUCAUUGAAACAGUUCUUGUAGUGGUUUUGCUGUAAAAGAAAAAAACAAAACAAACAAAACAAUCCAACUGUGCUGAGAUGAUGUUGCUGCAACAGACGGUGCUGGUAACGGUUCAACAAUCCGUGGCUGCUCAUUCUUGCCUUCUCUUUACUUUCCCUCCAAGCAGGUUAGCAUUGACGGUGGCGUUGAAAGCCUGCAUGCGUGUUCAAUAUUUUUCUCUCCCUCUCCCCUCCCCCUUCGCUAGCUCAACCUCUUUUGUUCAGUAUGUGUAACUUGAAGCUAAUUUGUACUACUGGAUAUCUGACUGGAGCCACAGAUACAGGAUCUGUAUUGUUCUUACUGAAACACAGCAUGGAAUUAACAUUAAACUUAAAUAAAACAACCCUAAAUUAAAAUGAUGCCAAAUACUACUGCUACUUUACCCUGGUAAAUGUUUGCAAGAGAUGCAGACAGAACAAGUAGCAGGAAGAAAAGCGUGAUUUGGUGGAAGAGAUGCUGGCUGUAGCUUAACUAGAGGGCCCAAACAAGAAUUUGUGCGUAUCAAUUAGUGGCUGUACACAGAGGACAAACUUGGGCACUGAACCAAUUUGUGGUGGUUAGAUCUGCUUAGUAAUUGCAACUUGAGGAAAUGUUUUUUUAAUCAGUUAAACAGAGAGGGAGACACCCAGACUACUUGGUCAGAGUUUGUACUUGGGUUGAGCUAGAGGCCCUCUUGAAAACCAAGCCAUGCUCACUUUUGUUUCUUAAUGGCUCUGUUUUCUUUCAAAGUUCAGUCUGCUGUAAGCCACUUUCAGUCCGUUUGCUCACAAGCUGCCAAAACACUGAAAGGAUUGUGGGGAAACCGCCCAAAAGUGUUCCUUUGCUGCUUCAGCCUCCUUCUCCUGCUAAUGCCUUCUGCCAUACCUCUGGUCUGAACUGUCUCCUUGCCUUUUAGCUUCAUCUGGGCUGUCCCCUUUGACUGAGCAGCGAGUCUGUUAGAUAAAUAAAAUACUGUGUAAAGAUUC